AUGUAUGUGCGAGCGCUAUACGACUACGAGGCCGACGACCGAACAAGUCUUAGUUUUCACGAGGGGGAUAUAAUACAAGUGAUCACACAAUUAGAAAGUGGUUGGUGGGAUGGAGUCAUAAAUGGUGUGAGGGGAUGGUUCCCCAGCAAUUACUGCCAGGUUGUAUCUGGCCCUGAAGAUGUCCUGGACGGCAAGGCGAAUGGGGCUGGAAUGGGUAUAGAUGAUGAUAUCGACGACGACGAAGACGACGAAGAACAAUACGAAGAGCAGUACGAUGAUGAGGGCGAAGAAUCAGAACGUGACGACUUCUCACAUUUGCCUGCAACCGGUGUGAACAGCAAUGGAAGAUCAGGGGCGGAUUUCUGGAUACCUCAAGCGACUCCUGAUGGGAGAUUGUUCUAUUUCAAUACGGAGACUGGCGAGAGUAGUAUGGAGCUACCGUUGGAAUCGCCAUCUUCGUCGACGGAAAUGGGACCGAGAGAUCGGAUGAAUGUCAAUAUACCAGAGAAAACAAGGCCCCCACCAGAAAUGAUGGCGCGAGGAUACAUUAAUGAAACAGACGAUGAAUCGGAAGGAAAUUCUGCAUCUGAGCUCGAUGGAGAGUCUAUAAUGCUCGCAUCUAAAUCCUCCUUUCCACGUAAGAAACGCAGAUCUCAAUUAUCUGAAGGUGUGUCACCAGCUACCUCCAUGGACUCAAUCAAUGGCACAUCUCCUGGCACUCGCUCGCGAGCCGACACGUUCAAUACACCGAAUGUAUCCCUCACAGCAAUGCCGAUAAUGGGCCCAUCUACAACUUCUUUCACGACUCCUGCUCUUGGCCCACCACACGCUGCUACUUUGCCUCGAUCAUUCUUUGAUGAUGGAUCCGCUGCGCCACUGACAUGGAAUCGACUCGUUGCAAAUAUGAAGAAAGCUGUGGAUCGCUAUCGCGAAGCAAUCAACAACCAUGAUCGUUCCGAGUACGUUCGCCGAGCUGAAGAUAUUUCCGAUCACCUCCGACUAUUACUGGCCGCUGGAUCUGGUACUACUGAUAAUCAUUCUGGUCAGCCUUCUAUUAUUUCUACUAACAAAGCCCUGUAUCCCCACUUUCGGGACAUGAUGUCAAAAUUCUCGAAAUUAGUUAUCUCGUCACACAUUGCUGCUUCUGACUGGCCCAAUUCGGAGUCAUAUCAAAAAUGUUUGCAGGAGGCGGAUGGCGUACUUCUGGGCGUUUUCAGCUACGUUGAGGUCGCGCGCCAGCAGCGCGGCGAGGACAUACCACGAUUGCUCCCUGGUUUUGUCGUUGGUAGCACUAUUGGUGGUAGUUGGCAAAAUAACGGGCUUGGAUCUAGAGACCCUCUAACGUCCAACUUUCUCGACGAAGAUGAGAAUGUCGUUGAACCUUCUGCGAUUUUGGAUGCAAAUUUGAUGGAGAGACUCGAUGAUUUGAAGAGAAUGCUAACAUCUAGCAUUCGAAAAUUGGAGGAGCAUCUCGUACUCACCGACAAAAUUAUCACCCCUUACAGACACGAACUGAUUGGUAAUAAUGUCUGUGCAGCCGCGCAAAAAGUUCUUGAGAUGUUCAAGCCUUGGGUGUCUACGGUUGAGUCUAUCAACUUGUCUUCUCUUGGCGAUACAUUCCAAAAUCCUCAACUUAUUGACUUCGCCAAACAGAAGCAAAGUUUAUAUGAUAACAUAUCAGAUUUAUUGCUAGGAUGUCAGGCUGUGGCUGGGCCUUUAGGUGAUGAGUGGGCGGAAGUCCGUGGGGAGUCAUUGGAAGGGCGGCUGAUUUACGUGCGCACGUGUUCAAGAUCUUUGGAAACAAACUCAUCUCAUAUUGGCUUCUCACUGCAGCUUCUUGGUGAGCUUGUUCAAACAGCUAUGCAGCAGGCUUUGCCUCUCGAAGAAAGGGCGAAAAGUCUAAGGAGAGGUGAUAGCGCGCCCUACGAGCGACUCCAUCAACGAUCAGACUCCCGGAACCCAUCACUCCGUCCUAGCCUUGCAGAUAUUGGUAAGUCACAAACUUACUCUGAAGGUGAUACAGUUCUUCCACCAUUCCGAAAGGAGAACUCUAAAGUCAGGAAGUUCUUUGGCGAAGAGCCAACUCGAAGAGAUGCCCCAGACGAGACACCAGACUGCUUGAAGCUUGACCACGAAGAUGAUAUUUCCUACGAUACAAAAGUCCAGCCUCCUAUAUUGAAGGGCGGUACACUUGUAGCAUUGGUUGAGCAGCUUACACGCCACGACAAAUUGAGCUCGGAUUUCAACAACACCUUUUUACUCACAUAUCGAUCUUUUACGAAUGCGAGAGAAUUAUUCGAGCAUUUGGUGAAGCGCUUUCAGGUGCAACCCCCUGAAGGUAUGCCUCCAGGAGACUAUGAAACAUGGGUAUCCCGAAAGCAAAAGCCAAUCAGGUUUCGAGUUGUCAACAUUCUGAAAUCAUGGUUUGAGCUUUUCUGGAUGGAGGAUCAAAGUGAUGAUACCAAAGCUCUAAUAGCCAAUGUCUACACCUUUGCUCGAGACACUGUGAAAGCUACUGAGACGCCGGGUUCUGGUUCAUUGAUGACUCUCUUAGAACAACGGUUACGGGGACAGGAAGCCACAGCGAAACGUUUAGUCUUGACCUUGAACCAUUCAACGCCCCAACCGAUCAUGCCCAAAAACAUGAAGAAGCUUAAAUUCUUGGAUAUUGAUGUGACAGAAUUUGCACGUCAACUUACCAUUGUCGAGUCAAAGCUUUAUGGGAAAAUUAAACCCACGGAAUGCUUAAAUAAAACUUGGCAGAAGAAAGUUGGCGAAAACGACCCUGAGCCUGCACCAAAUGUUAAGGCUCUGAUCCUGCAUUCUAAUCAAUUGACGAAUUGGGUCGCUGAAAUGAUUCUCACGCAACUCGAUGUCAAAAAGCGCGUUGUCGUCAUCAAACAUUUCGUUCUUGUUGCCGAUAAAUGUCGUGCCUUAAACAAUUACUCAACUCUCACUUCUAUAAUCUCUGCGCUCGGUACAGCACCAAUCCAUCGCCUAAAAAGAACCUGGGAUCAAGUGCCAGCCAAAACUUUGGCAGUGCUGGAAUCCAUGCGUCGCCUUAUGGGCAGCACAAAGAAUUUCGGAGAGUACAGAGAGAGUUUGCAUCUUGCCAAUCCCCCAUGUAUCCCCUUUUUCGGUGUGUACCUUACCGAUCUUACGUUUAUCGAGGAUGGUAUACCUUCAAUCAUCAAGAAAACUACAUUGAUUAACUUUGCCAAACGAGCAAAGACCGCUGAAGUCAUUCGCGACAUUCAGCAAUAUCAGAAUGUCCCGUACGGCUUGCAGCCAGUCCCGGAACUUCAAGAAUAUAUAUUAACCAAUAUGCAAGCUGCGGGAGAUGUACAUGAAAUGUAUGAAAAGAGUUUAGCAGUCGAACCAAGAGAGCGUGAGGACGAAAAGAUAGUCAGGGUGUUGGCUGAAUCAGGCUUCCUAUGA